AGCAGCAACAGCAGCAACAGUAGCAGUGGCAGUGGCAGUAGUUUCAGCAGCCAUGCCAGCACAGUCAGCGUUUGGCGACGUCAACAACAACAACAACCGAGACAGCAGCAGCAGCAGCAGCAGCGUGUGACACCGUCUCCUGAGUCGGGUCUCGGGGCGGUGGAUCGAACAGUGGGGGGCGGAGAAGCAGAUACGACAACAGCCCCCACGGCGAUCAAGACACAGCACAGUAGCGAUGGCGGACAGGAAACAGAGGCGGAGGAGGCACCCUUCUUAGCCAACGGGUCGACUUCAACGGCCAAAAAGAAACGCACGCCGCGGGGUCCACCCUUCCAGGUCCAGCACCAAGAGCCCCUCCUUCUUCCCCACCUAGACACAACGCAAGGCGCCGCCGGCGCUGCCUUCCAGCAAGAGAUGGGGAAGCUGAGCAAAUACAUUGAUCCAGACCGGCAUGUGGAGCGGGGUCCCUACCACGGGAAAUCGUACCCAGACUCCUUGACGUACGAGCCGGAGGACAGCGAGGUGUGGCGCACGCAUGAGGUAGGGAGG